GGGAGCCCCCUUUCUCUUAGGGGGGUGAGGGACGGAGGGAGGGAGCAGUUCAGUUUCCACACCUUAAGCCCAAUGCCAACUAUGACCUAUUUUGUGGUGCUACAGUAUGUGAAGGGUGUUUACAGUUGCUUCAUUUAGAUGUUAUCUCCAGUAAACACAUUACACAUUUUGUGGCAUGUAGCCCAUUGGAAAUAAUUCAAAAAUAACUUGAACAAUUUUCUGUGUACCAAAACCAUACUUCAGGAACAACGCCUUACCAGAAUUGAUUUGUACAUGACAAGCAGUUAGAGAGAUAAUGAAGCAGCCCCCUUCUCAAAGCACAGUGAAGAUAAUGAACCAGCCCCCUUCUCAAAGCACAGUGAAGAUAAUGAACCAGCCCCCUUCUCAAAGCACAGAGAAGAUAAUGAACCAGCCCCCUUCUCAAAGCACAGUGAAGAUAAUGAACCAGCCCCCUUCUCAAAGCACAGAGAAGAUAAUGAACCAGCCCCCUUCUCAAAGCACAGUGAAGAUAAUGAACCAGCCCCCUUCUCAAAGCACAGUGAAGAUAAUGAACCAGCCCCCUCCUCAAAGCACAGAGAAGAUAAUGAACCAGCCCCCUUCUCAAAGCAGUGAAGAUAAUGAACCAGCCCCCUUCUCAAAGCACAGUGAAGAUAAUGAACCAGCCCCCUUCUCAAAGCACAGUGAAGAUAAUGAACCAGCCCCCUUCUCAAAGCACAGUGAAGAUAAUGAACCAGCCCCCUUCUCAAAGCACAGUGCAAUUCAAACUGUAUUUAUCAAGUGUUGAGUACCGUUGACACUACCCCUCCCUGAAUGAUUUCGCUCAGACCACAUUAAACCCGAACUGCAUGUUUCUACUCAAACCAUACCCGGGAGCUAUGCAAUUAUAACUGACUAAUCAAUAGUUGUUUGUUGCCCAUCUGUGUCAUUGAAAUGCAGACGCGUGUGUGUUUUGCUUUGUUUUGUUUUUUCCCUGAAUCAUCCCUCAAGCUUUUUGAAGUGGAAAGCGGAAAUUAAAGAAACGAAAUUAAAGAAACGAAUCCGGUAUGUGAACAAUUCGUUUUAUCCUUAACUUUCCGGGAGAGGUCAGGAAACUUGGGCAGCCUUUGAAAUAGCGUGCUGUGUGUGUCUCUCUCUCUCUCUCUCUCUCUCUCUCUCUCUCUCUCUCUCUCUCUCUCUCUCUCUCUCUCUCAAAUUCAGUGUGAUCCUGACCCGGAUUGUUAACGCUGGAGCCAAGCAGCUCAGACAGAAAUGGAGAAGAAGGAUCUCCUUUAACUCAGGAGAAAAACAAGGGAAAGGGACAGACACGCACCCAUCCAAUUGCAGAGGGAGGGAGGGACAAAGGAAACAGUGUAUGAAACCACAGUCAAACAGGCAUUCACAAUUCUGACAGCCGGUAUUUCAGAACUCUGCAAGCAGCAGGAAACCUUAAAACCGUACAAGCCUAUGCAAUCCGCCGGGGAGACGAUGGCAGCGAAGCCGGGUUUAGUGUAUCUGGUGACCGGAGGAUGCGGCUUCCUCGGGCAGCAUGUGUUUCGUAUGCUGCUCGAGAAGGAAGAUAACGUCGCCGAGGUCCGGCUGUUCGACCUAGCCGUUGACGACAGCCUUGCUAACCUCUCCACAGAGAAGAUAACUGUCAAGCUGAUUCAGGGAGACAUCACAGACCUGACCACUGUGCUGAAGGUGACAGAAGGGGUAGACGUGGUCAUUCACUCAGCCAGCUUGGUGGAUGUCUGGCACAAAGUCCCAGAAAGCAAGAUCCAGGCUGUCAACGUACAGGGAACGUGUCAUGUGAUCCAAGCCUGUCAAGACCACGGCAUUCAGUAUCUCAUCUAUACCAGCAGCAUGGAGGUGGUAGGCCCAAACGUCAACGGAGAGCCUUUCUAUAGAGGGAACGAGGAUACAGAGUACAACAUUUUUCACAAUAUGCCAUACCCCAAAAGCAAAGCCCAAGCUGAGAGACUAGUCAUCGAGGCCAAUGGGAGAAAGGUGAAUGGAGGGAAGACUCUGUAUACCUGCGCGCUCAGACCCACAGGUAUCUAUGGAGAGAAACAUGAAUUGAUGAGGCAGUUCUAUAACAUGGGAAUGCGGACUGGAGGCUGGAUGCUGAGAGCCAUUCCUGGGAAUAUUGAGCACGGCCGUGUCUAUGCAGGAAACGUGGCCUGGAUGCACCUCCUUGUCGCCCGUAUGAUCCGCGAGAAGCCGGAAGUCGUGGGAGGGCAAGUGUACUUCUGUUACGACGACUCUCCUUACAAGAGCUACGAAGACUUCAACAUGGAGUUCCUGUCUAGGUUUGGGUUCAGAGAAGUGCGCAUCCCUUACUUCGUCCUGACAGUUAUGGCCAUGGUCAACGACUUCCUCCGCACUCUCCUGAAACCCCUGGUCAACUACACACCGCUCAUGAACCGCUACACCCUGACCGUGGCCUCCACCACCUUCACGGUAAAGACCGACAAAGCAGAGAGAGACUUCGGUUACCGGCCUCUCUAUUCCUGGCAGCAGUGUCGGGACAACACCAUCGCCUGGAUUUCUACCUUCGCAGAGGGGGUAGAUGCGCAGAAGGAAAAGUAGCGUGCCGGGUUUUUUUUGGGGGGGGGGGGGCGGAAUCCGAAAAGAAAAAACUUCAGAAAUUCUACGACGCACGUUUUGACCAGGAAGUCUUUUUAAAACAAUGAAGAAAAAAAAAAAUGUUGUUAAGUUUGUUACUCAGUUUAUUAACUGGGAUGGGUAUCAGACUCCUAUUCCACAGCAGUGUGAUCCAUUCCAGGUUUUACUACCAGCUUGAUCAGCCCCCAGUGUGUCUAGGUAACAAGCUCAGGUGUGUCUUAUUAUUUCAUCUCCUAGUGAAACCAGGGCUGGAUUACACUGCUGUGCAGCGGGAGUCUGAUUCCCAGCCCUGAUCUUGAAUGUGACAGACAGAAAAGAGAAUAUUGCAGUUCUUGAUUUAUUAUUCAAAAUGAUGACCGUCUGCAUCCACGCUCUAAUCACUGACGUUGUGCCGAUUUUUGUAUUACUGCAUUAUUACUCACUUGACAAAGUUAUCUUUACCAAUUUGUGAUAAGGGUAACCCCUAAAGCUCUGGCCAAAAGGUUUGCAUCACCACCCUACAGAAUGAACUCCCUCAGCUUCAUAGAGUCCAAUGAAAGCUGCUGAAUAAUGUUCCCUUGUUAACAUAUUGAAUUGCACACCCUCUAUAUAAAAUGAACUCCCUCAGCUUCAUAGAGUCCAAUGAAAGCUGCUGAAUAAUGUUCCCUUGUUAACAUAUUGAAUUGCACACCCUCUAUAUAAAAUGAACUCCCUCAGCUUCAUAGAGUCCAAUGAAAGCUGCUGAAUAAUGUUCCCUUGUUAACAUAUUGAAUUGCACCUCCUCUAUAUAGAAUGAACUCACUCAGCUUCAUAGAGUCCAGUGAAAGCUGCUGAAUAAUGUUCCCUUGUUAACAUAUUGAAUUCCACACCGCCGCUAUGUAAUUUUCCAGAUACUUCACGAAAAACUGACAAAAACUGAAAAAUGUGACAUUUCGAAAUCUAACAUGAACUAUUACUGUGCUACUAUUAUUAUGGCUUCCGGUAGACUUUUUAAGCGAUAUCAUUUUGUAGUUUCUCUUCGAUUACAUGAUGAUAUAUUAA